AUGAGUUCUGGUUCCUCACACCCUUAUCGUCAAGUAACUUCAUCUAGUAGUAGUGCAACUACUUCAACAACUACAGCCACCACCCCCAACACAACCACUCCAUAUCCACUUCUGGAUUUUAAUCAAACUAGUCAAAGUGAUCGUUCAGAUAGUUCACCUAGUAUGACUGAGGUUACAUCAGGAAUGGAGGAUUUGCAUUUACCUCCAAAUCAUAAUAAUAAACCAUAUAUACCGCAUGAUAUUCAGCAACAACAGCAAUAUGGCCAAGGUCAAAUGCCACAAUAUCAAUACGAACCUAUCCCUCCACCACAGCAUCAAUAUCAAUACCCACAAUGCCAACCACAAAAUUAUGCGCGUCAUGCAUCAGCGCCACAGCAUCAACAACAACAGCAACAGCAACAGCAACAGCAACAACAUCCCUCAGUCCAAAGACAAAAGUAUAGAAGCUUAUUAGCUAAUGAUGAUGGAUCUGAUAGACAACAACGUUUAUCAAGUUUACCCACGCAUUUGAUACCAAACGUUUCUCAUUCAUCUUCGGGAAACUCUUCACCUAGAAUGGCGGGACAAAUAUCACCUAGUGAACAACAUUUCUACCAACAGGAACAACAACAACAGGCUAAAGACCCAGCCGUGUAUGACUCGCCAAAGAUUGGUGUCACAUCACCAUCUAGUGCACCAUACCCAGUCUAUGAUUCUACUCCUGCAUCACCACCGCCAGUUUUUGCAUUCAAAGACAAUGGUAUCUCAUCACCACCUUCAAAUCCGUUAUCUGCUACUUCAUCGGUAGUUAACCUCAACCUCAACAAUAACACAAACAACUUGGAUCAUCAAAUAUUUAGUAGAUCUGAAAACAACUUGAGUACACCUUCAGUUGCAGUAUCCACUACGAAGUACGGUCAUAAUCGGUCAGUAUCAUCUACAUCAUCAUUCUUCUAUGAUCGUAAUGAUAAUUCAUCAAUGAUUGACUUCAAUCAAAAUGUGAUUCAGCUGUAUCUCGGCUCAAAUUCAGCCAAUUUAUUGCCUAGAAUCAAGACUUUGGAAUUGUAUCGUAAAAACGCCAAGAAAUCAAAUGAUCCAAAUGUAUUGUUUCAAUAUGCUCAGUAUAUGUUGCAAACAGCAUUGAUGUUGGCGGCUGAAUCAACAAACAACGCAACAGCAUCCACAACUACAUCGGUAUCGGGUGAUAAUACCCCCGUCAACAAUAGAUCAAUUGAAAACUCCCCACGUAGACCAGACACAAACAAAGAUAAACACAAGAGAAAUAAAUCAAUUGAUUUUUCCACAAUUGAAGUUGAAGGUAAUGAAAAGAAAUUACGCAAGGCAUUUUUAAAAGAAGCGGUAUAUUAUUUGAAAAAAUUGUCCGACAAGGGGUAUACUGAAGCCCAAUAUUUGUUAGGAGAUGCUUAUAGUUCAGGAGCGUUGGAUAAGAUUGACAAUAGAGAUGCAUUUAUUCUUUUUCAAGCAGCUGCAAAGCAUGGACAUGUUGAAAGUGCAUAUCGUACCAGUUAUUGUUAUGAAGAAGGAUUAGGUACCGGUAGAGAUGCAAGAAAAGCAGUUGAAUAUUUGAAAAUUGCCGCAUCGAGAAAUCACCCAGCAGCAAUGUAUAAAUUGGGGGUUUAUUCCUUCUACAAUCGUAUGGGAUUACCUAAUGAUAUGAAUACAAAGAAAAUGGGAAUUAAAUGGUUGACUAGAGCUACUAAUGUAGCCACGGAAUUAACAGCUGCAGCACCCUAUGAAUUGGGUAAGUUAUAUUACCACGGUUUCAAAGAUAUUGUAUUGCAAGAUAUGAAAUAUGCAUUGGAAUUGUAUGCCCAAGCAGCAGCAUUGGGUCAUACACAAUCAGCAGCUAUAUUGGGCCAUCACUAUGAAAUCGGUGAAGUUUUGCCACAAGAUUCAAACUUGUCAAUUCAUUAUUACACACAAGCUGCUUUAGGAGGAGACCCAAAUUCUAUGUUGGCCAUGUGCGCAUGGUACCUCGUGGGAUCUGAUCCAUAUUUACCUAAAGAUGAACAAGAAGCAUUUGAAUGGGCUAAACGAGCAGCAUCAUGUAACUUGCCAAAAGCACAAUUUGCAUUGGCUAAUUUUUAUGAAAAGGGAAUUGGAUGUAUCAAGAAUACCAAGGAGGCUCAAGUUUGGUACAUAAAGGCAGCUGAAAAUGGUGAUGAAAAGUCAUUGACUAGAUUGACUGACAAAGAAGCAGUUGCCAGGAUUCAAAAGAAGUUGAAAAAAAGACCCAUUGUCAGUCAUGCUGAUGGAAGUGCGGCUCAAGAAAAGGACUGUGUUAUUAUGUAA